AUGGAACAAACUAGGAGUGAUAAAGUCUUCUCUCUAUCUACAGGGAAUGAAGUAGUUUCCAGUUUACCACUGCAGAUGGCCCUCUAUUUCAACGUUUAUUUUUUCCCAUUUUGGUGGCUCAGCGCAGUUGUCAUGCUGCAUCUGAAGUAUCCAAUCUUGUCAGAUUACUACAAGUUCAUCCUGGUCACAAUCAUGAUCCUAGUCUCUGUAAUAGAGAUCAUUCGACUCUACCUGGGAUACAUGGGCAAUCUGCAGGAGAAGGUCCCUGAGCUGGCUGGGUUUUGGCUCCUGACUCUCCUCCUGCAGUUGCCUAUGAUUCUCUUCUUGCUCUUUAACGAAGGUCUGAAAAUUCAGCCACUGGAGCGAGCAGUCCAUAUCAUCUUUGCGCUCUUCCUCACCUUCCAAGUCAUUGCAGCCUUUGUCACCCUGAAACGGAUGGUAAACAAACUGGCAACUCGCUUCCGCCUUAAUGAAUUUGACCAUCCUCUGCCUGAGUUUUACAGCCUGGGUAAAGAAGAGAGAGCAGUUCCGUGGCUGGUUGGGGCCCACGCCGAGGAGGUUCACCCACCAAGUGCUGUCUGGGGAUCACACGCUGGGGGCCUGAGAAGCUAA